AACCGUGCAUAAACGGGAGUUAGCAGCUGGGAAGUUACAACGAUGUCGUCUGUUGUAGAGAAAAUACGGCAUUGUCAGCGAAAUAUUAAGAAAUAUUCUGAUAAAGAAGAAAAAAUGCUGCAUUAUAUACAAAGACUGUAUAAUUUACCAGUAACGGUACAACAUCUUCAAGAUACAGGAGUAGGGCGUACUGUUAAUGGAUUAAGAAAAUAUGAAGGUGGUGUUGGAGAUGCUUCCAGAGCUUUAGUGGCAAAAUGGAAAGCUAUGGUUGCAGAUGAGGAAACAAGUGAAGGGGAAGACGAUGAAGCCUGUGUUCCUGAUGUUUCUGAGUGUUACGAUAGACCGGAAUCUCCAAUGUUAAAGAAAAAACAAGAAGCAGAUAGUACGGUGAAAAUAUCAAGACAUGAAGAAAAAGUAGAUAAAAAUGAAAUAUCAGAGCAUAGCUCGAAACAUUCUAAUAAGCAUGAUAUCAAAGGUAAAUCUGAAAAUGAAUCUAACGUAAAUAAGGAAUCAUCGAAGACUUUGAAACAUGAGUCACAAAAAGAAAAACAUGAUAAAAGUCAUUCUAAACACGAGUCAAGGGAUAAUAAACGAUCUUAUUCUAACGAUCCUAAAAGCAGUAGUAGUAGUUCUUCUACGCAUGUAAAAAAAUCUACUGAUAAAUCUUCUUCUCAUAGUAAUAAAUUAGAUAGUACUACAGAUAAACAAGACGAAUAUAACAAAAAAAGAAAAUUAGACAAUUGCAAUAGUGGAAAAAAGAAAUAUAAAAAGCCAAAACUUUCUGAAAAUGAAAGUGAUGAUGAUAGAACUAGUUCUUAUAAUACGGAUAAACAAAAUGUCAACGAUUUUCAAACGGAAUUAAAUAAGAAAACACAUAUUGAAGUUAAACAGGAAGACGUAAAUAAAGUUGAAUCUAAAAAAGACAAGAGUAAAUCUCGUGAAAAAGUUAAAUCAAGUUCGUCUAGUAAAGAGGAAAAAGUACACGAUGAUAAAAGUAAAAAGAAAUCAGAGGAAAGUAAAGAAAAACAAAAAACGGACAGUCAUCGUUCUAGUAAAAGUUCUAAAUCAAAAAGUCAUCAUAGUAGUUCUAGUAGUAGAGAUCAUGCUAAGGAUAAAGACAAAGAUAAAGAUAAGGCUAAGGAUAAGGAUAAGGAUAAAGAUAAGGAUAAAGGUAAAGAUAGAGAUAAAGAUAAAGACAAAGAUAAAAGCAAAAGAAAAGAGAACGAAGAAAGAAGACAUAAGCAUCAAAGUAAAAGUAGCUCUGAUUCGAAAGAAAGCAAAUCUGAUUCAAAAGAAAGCAAAUCUGGUUCGAAGGAAUCAAAAGAAAAAGUCAAAAUCAAACAAGAAAUCAAUGGAGACGAAGGAAUCGAUUGUAACUCCGGUGCAAGUUUUGCAGAAGCUCUUGGAAUGUGUACAGUUGCACCAGGAUCAAAGAGGCGUCAUAAUAAUUCUCCUAAUUUAAAUUCUUCAAAAGGUUUCAAAUCAGAAACAAAUGUAUCGUCUACUCUCAAUAACAAAAAACAAUCGUCUACGAAACCCGAAGCUACAAGCAGUGAUAGUUUAAAUCCUUUGCCUCUUUUAGCAUCAAAUGUAAAGUUAGAACCAUUAAGUGUGAAUUUGGCAUCUACAUUACCUGAAAUAAGUCCUAAUUACAAACCACUGUCAUAUAUUAAUCCUGUACAUCGUAAAGAGGAAGAUAAAACUCUUACUGACGUAAUUCACGUUAAAAAUCAAAGGACCAAAGUAUAUUCUGGGAAUAAAACUGGUUAUACAAGUGUACCUUCUCUUUACGAAAUUUGCAUAAGAGUGUUGAUAGAGAAUAUUGAUGCACUUGAAUUUACUGGUGGUGUCCCAUAUGACAUAAUAAAGCCAGUUUUAGAACGAGCUACGGCAGAUCAGUUAUACAUGUUAGAACAUCAUAAUCCUUAUUUAAUUGAAGAUACGGAUUCUUUAUGGCAAUUUCAUUGUAAUCGAGAAUUCAGAAAUAAACAAAGACAGGAAAUGGAAUCAUGGCGUGAGAUGUAUAUGCGUUGUUUGGAUGAAAGAGAAGAAAAAUUGAAAACCUUAACUGCCAAUAUAAAACAAUCUAUAGAUAAGACUGUACCAUUAAGAUCAGCUAAGCUUGCAUAUGUUGAUAAUGUUGUUAAACCUCCUAGGAAUAUUUUAAAAAAGCAAGCUAAGUAUGGAACUAAUUCGAUUCCUACAUCGACGUCUGAUUUGAAAAAAAAAUUGAUCGUUGGUGGUGGACCUAACGCAGCAACUAAUAUAUCUGUACCACCACCUCCAAUGAAUCGAGUUAAACCAUCUUCGAGCAUGGUAAAGAAGACAAAAGCACCUCUUAUGGCAAAAGCUCUACAAUUAAUAAAAGGGCGUUACAAGCGGUAGUUUGUAUAAACAUUUUGUAGGUAUAUUUUUAACUAUAAUGUAUAAAUAAUGUUUCCACUAUAAUAUUUUUUUAACAAUUAUGUUGUGAUAUGGGUAAUAUUCUUCUAUUUCGAAAGACAAAUUAUGUUGCAAGAUUAUAUAUUUAACAUUUAUAUUCUUGUAAUAUUGAUUUUUAAUUUACACGCAUAUAACAUAUGAAUAUCAUUAUAGAAAUAUUUGAUGCAUUUAAGAGUAAUAAUUCAAAAGGAAGAGAAAAUUGUUAGAUUUAUACAAUCCGAACUGAAAUGUAAAUGUUUAAUUUACUUUGGUUUGAAUUGUAAAAUAUUAAUUUGACGUGUGCUCGUUUUCAAAAUUUAUAUGCUUCCAUAUUUUGAUUAUGUGUUUUAUACUAAAUAUAUACGUAUUUCUGUUUUGUGACAUUACAUACACUGAAACAGAGACGUGCAAAUGUUUAGUUCGAAAAUAAAUUAUUCUUCUUUUAAUGUUGUUUAACACGUUGAGUACUACCAUGUCAGUCAUUAAUGAUUAACACUGAAUUUCCGUUUAGGUCGUGUUAGGCUCCGGUGUCUGACGCUCAACUUUUCGUUUUGACGCGCAUGGCUUGACGAAGAUUUCUGUAAGAAUUUGCGUGGCACUCAACGUGUUAAUUGUCCUUAGUCAAUCAUAUUUUUAAAAAAUAAGCUACAAAGACCGCGAAUUGAAAGGGUCGCGCUCAGGGACGGGAUCACUGGCGGGAUUUGGUUAUUUGCGGCAAUGAACUUUCGAGUUCUUAAUGCAAAUUAAUAAUAAUAAUAAUAAUAAUAAUCAAGCAUGUUUAAUCUUCGAACAAUUCAGAUAAGAAAUAUUUGUGUUGGUAAUUAUGACAGUAGAGUAAGUGAAGAAAAUGAACAAAAGUAUAAUCAUAUUUAUUUUAUAAUAUAAAUAAUUAUAAUAAUAUGUAGUCAAUCAUAAGAUUCAUUUUUUAUUUUUCUUCAUUAUAUUUGACUUACUCUAGUGUCAUAAAUGAAAGGCACAUUUAUAGAAAUCGAUCAUUUUUAAACUAACAUAGUAAAGUUGUCGUGGCUGUGAAAAUAUAACGAUGAUAAAGGAGAGAGAGAGAGAGAGAGAAAAAAAAAGGAAAUCUAAUUAUGAAAGCCAAUUGCGAGCUUAGCGAGCUAAUCUUGUACGUCUCUGCAACAAAAAAUCAUCAUCUUAAAUAUGUGAUCAAAUUUUUAUUUACAUUAACUUCAAUAAUACAAAAUUUUAGGAU